GAUGACGACGAGCAGCAGGUUCAGGAGUUGUUGAGUGAAAUGGCGGCAGACCCGGCGCCGGAUUUCUUGACAGUGGCGUCGUUCGUCAACCUCACACACUUCGGGGACAAGAACGAAACUUUUGUCAUCGGGACCGCGUUUAAUGCCACCAUUCCGGUCUUUCCAGAGUACAUCAGGACAGUGUCCACUGUGGUGUGUGUGCUCAUUCUCGGGAUCGGACUGCUCGGGAACUCCCUGGUACCUGUGGUGAUUUGGCGGAACCGAGAUUUGAGGAACUCCACCAACUUGUUCCUGGUGAAUCUUGCCCUGGCAGACCUCUUGGUACUCCUGCUCACGUUACCAACUGCCCUUGUAGAGCUGCAAGGACCCCCUGAAGCCUGGGUCUUGGGAGACUUUCUAUGUGAGUGGAAAAAAAUAAAUAAUUAA